ACAUCAACCAAACUAAACAUUCAACAUGGCCACUGCCUUUUCUUCUUUUUCCUCGCUCCUUGCUGAUUUCUACCUCCUACUACUGGUUCUAGUGCUCGCUACUACCCUUGUGUCUGCUGAUUUCUACAAUGAAUUUGAUAUCACUUGGGGUGAUGGCCGUGGUAAAAUACUCAACGCCGACCUCUUAACCCUUUCACUCGAUAAACCAUCAGGUUCUGGAUUCGAAUCAAGAAACGAGUACAUGUUUGGUAAGAUCGAUAUGCAGCUCAAGCUUGUUCCUGGCAACUCUGCUGGCACUGUCACUGCAUACUAUUUGUCUUCCAAAGGCUCAAACUGGGAUGAGAUUGAUUUCGAGUUCUUGGGUAACUUGAGUGGUGAUCCUUACAUUCUACAUACAAAUGUGUUUAGCCAAGGCAAAGGCAAUAGAGAGCAGCAAUUCUACCUUUGGUUCGACCCAACUGCCGAUUUCCAUACCUAUUCCAUUCUCUGGAAUCCUAGAACCAUCAUAUUUUCUGUGGAUGGAACACCGAUUAGAGAGUUCAAAAAUGCGGAAUCUAUCGGGGUACCAUUUCCAAAAGACCAGCCAAUGAGAAUACACUCCAGCUUAUGGAAUGCUGACGAUUGGGCAACCCGAGGUGGGCUUGUGAAGACCGACUGGAGUCAGGCUCCUUUCACUGCUUCCUACAGAAACUUCAAGGCAGAUGCUUGCGUUGUGUCUUCUGGGAAAUCAUCUUGCAACGGCUCAGCGUCUAACCCAGCUUGGCUGUCAGAGGGGUUGGACAAUACAAAGCAGGAGAGGUUGAGCUGGGCGCAAAAGAAUUACAUGAUCUACAACUACUGCUCAGAUUCCAAGAGAUUUCCUCAAGGAUUUCCUCCCGAGUGCAACAUGGCAUAACACGUUUGUUUCUUUUGAUGUAUUAAAGUUUAGUUCGGGAAAUCAAUCGUUCAUUCUUUUUUUGCUAAAUAAUAAAUAAAUACAACCUUUGGGUUUGUUCUUACA